AGGCGCCUGGCGCUAACAAAAGUCCGGCCCUUGGGCGAGCGGCGCCGGGCCGCGAGUCUUUGCUCGCUCCGGGCACCCGCAACAAGUGGCCGCCGCGCCCUCCCCGGGGAAGCCGCGGGUGCGCAGGAGCGCCCGGAGGAAGCGGCGGAGCCCGGGAGCCCCGGCCGCCCGCGCGGCUCAGCGUCCACCGCUGGGGGAUCGGGGCGGGCGGAUGGGGACCCGGCGGCGGCGGCGCGGCGAGCCUCUGGGCGGCCCCGGGGCGCGGGCUCUCCGCGGCGCUGCGCCCACCGGCCCCGAACGCGGAUUCUAAGGGCGGCGGCCGCCCCCCGGCCCCACCCGGCGCAGUCGGGGGUACCAGGAGGGGACGGAGCGCCCCCUCCCACCGGAGUGCGGGGGCCGCCCCCGUCCGGAGGUCGGCCCCGGAGCGUGGGGUAUGCGCAGCUAAAGGUCCCGUCGGGCGGGCUUUCCUCUGGCGGAGCGCGCAGGCGGUGCGCCCCACCUAUGGAGUGUCCAGGGAGACGGCGGGCAUGACGGCGGCAGGAUGGGCGCGAACAAUGGCAAACAGUACGGCAGUGAGGAAACCCAGCUGUGAAGCACCAUCUGUCAGCAGCGGCAGGCAGCAGCAUCGGUCUCAGUGUCAGCUGACAUCUGUGCUAACUCCGGAGGACUUGCCUGAAGGCCCUUUCAGGCAAAGGCAGCUCAAGCAUCUCAUCCGACGUGAGUUCAAGUACAGAUCACACGCCGACCCAAGCCCAGAAGAAUGUGGCUACCAGUGAAGACUCCGACCUGAGCAUGCGCACACUGAGCACGCCCAGCCCAGCCCUGAUAUGUCCACCCAACCUGCCGGGAUUUCAGAAUGGAAGGGGCUCGUCCACCUCCUCGUCCUCCAUCACCGGGGAGACGGUGGCCAUGGUCCACUCCCCGCCCCCAACCCGCCUCACCCACCCGCUCAUCCGGCUCGCCUCCCGGCCCCAGAAGGAGCAGGCCAGCAUCGAACGGCUCCCGGACCACGCCAUGGUGCAGAUCUUCUCCUUCCUGCCCACCAACCAGCUGUGCCGCUGCGCCCGCGUGUGCCGCCGCUGGUACAACCUGGCCUGGGACCCGCGCCUCUGGAGGACUAUCCGCCUGACGGGCGAGACCAUCAACGUGGACCGCGCCCUCAAGGUGCUGACCCGCAGGCUCUGUCAGGACACACCCAACGUCUGUCUCAUGCUGGAAACCGUAAGUGUCAGUGGCUGCAGGCGGCUCACGGACCGAGGUCUUUACACCAUUGCCCAGUGCUGCCCGGAGCUCCGGCGGCUGGAAGUCUCGGGCUGCUACAAUAUCUCCAACGAGGCAGUCUUCGAUGUGGUGUCCCUCUGUCCCAAUCUGGAGCACCUGGAUGUGUCAGGCUGCUCCAAAGUGACCUGCAUCAGCUUGACCCGGGAGGCCUCCAUUAAACUGUCCCCCUUGCAUGGCAAACAGAUCUCCAUCCGCUACCUGGACAUGACGGACUGCUUCGUGCUGGAGGACGAAGGCCUGCACACCAUCGCGGCGCACUGCACGCAGCUGACCCACCUGUACCUGCGCCGCUGCGUCCGUCUCACGGACGAGGGCCUCCGCUACCUGAUGAUCUACUGCUCCUCCAUCAAGGAGCUGAGCGUCAGCGACUGCCGCUUCGUCAGCGACUUCGGCCUGCGAGAGAUCGCCAAGCUCGAGUCCCGCCUGCGGUACCUCAGCAUCGCCCACUGCGGCCGCGUGACCGACGUGGGCAUCCGCUACGUGGCCAAGUACUGCGGCAAGCUGCGCUACCUCAACGCGAGGGGCUGCGAGGGCAUCACGGACCACGGCGUGGAGUACCUCGCCAAGAACUGCGCGAAACUCAAGUCUCUGGACAUCGGCAAAUGCCCUCUGGUCUCCGACACGGGCCUGGAGUGCCUGGCCCUGAACUGCUUCAAUCUCAAGCGGCUCAGCCUCAAGUCCUGCGAGAGCAUCACGGGCCAGGGCUUGCAGAUCGUGGCGGCCAACUGCUUCGACCUGCAGAUGCUGAACGUGCAGGACUGCGAGGUGUCCGUGGAGGCCCUGCGCUUCGUGAAACGCCACUGCAAGCGCUGCGUCAUCGAGCACACCAACCCUGCCUUCUUCUGAAGGGACAGCUUCCAGCCGUCGCUGUUUUCGUACAGACAUGAACAAAACAAAAUGUUUUUUCAAAGCAGCAUAUGUAAGCGCCGACACCCACCCGUAACAGCUCUUUCUUCCAGGAAGGUUCUUAGGAAUCUGGCUUUUCUUUUUCCUAAUUUCUCAUGGGCAACAGAGGUCCAGGAAAGGAGGCUGGGGUGGGGGGGGCACAUUUCUAUCGCAGCCAACGGUUUUUUGGGGGGUCAGGUCAUUUGUAGGCAGUUUCUCGUCUCAGAAAGAUGUACCUCAGAAAGCGGAUUGCAGUGUCUUUAGGAAUGCGCCUUUUUCUCUCUGUCUCCCUUUUCCUGGCCACAGCCUGAGAUCUACACCCUGGUGCCGCCUACCCCACUCCUCCCUCUCCUACACCAACAGCAAAUUAUCAGAAUAAUAAUGCUCUCCAGACCGCCUCCUCUUUCAACUGCUUGAUUGGCCUAAAGCACAUUUUUCAGCCCCACACCCAAGCAAAUUCUUGUUAGAUAAAUGUCACAGCACCUGGUAUAUAUGAAGCGCUUCUAAACCUUUUUAAAGAAUCAUUGGUGGCAGGCAGCACGGUGGAGGAAGAGACCUGCCUUGUUCCCCCACCCCCCAGCUCUGCCACUUACUAGCUGUGUGACCUUGGGCGAAGCACUUGACCUCUCUGGGCUUCGGCUUCCAGCACCAAAUCAGAGGCCAUCCUCUGAUCUAAUCGAGGAUUAGCUUCAUGCCCAUUUUAGAGCUGAGGGAAUAGAGACAUCAGUAAACACAGCCUCCUUGGCAUAGAGCACAGGAGACCUCUGCCUCUUCCAAGGGUGUUGAUUCUGUGGAUACUUUCAGGAGACACGCCAACACCAGCGUCCUGUAUGUCCUUCACUCCGGUCUGAGUAUCACUCACAGCCUGUUUGUUUUGAUGAGCAAGUCUCUUGGUCAUCUUCUCCUGCCCAGCUAGAUGGGUGGUUUCUGUACACAGAUGCUUUUGGCAUCAUUCCACUCCACACCAUCGUAUGGAGGCCAUGGGAUUCCUAAUCACAGCAAAACCCACAUCCCCCAGUCAGGUUGAUCUUUCUGAGUGGUUUCAAGUAGGAGGAAAGACACUCAUAAUUUUUAAUUAACAAGGGAGGCCCAAGAGAACACAUGCCCUCUAGGGUUUUUCGAAUCCCUCUCACUGCACACGUGGCAUGCAUGCACACAUCUGCCCUGCAGCUGGGAGGAACAGACGCCUUGGUUCUUUGUCAUUCAGAUCACAUUUCUACUUUUCUCAUCUAUUUGUUUCCUUGUGCAUCCAGACGUCAUCUCAUGAAGCCUGUUGGGGUUAAGUCAUAAGUGUUUAAUCGUGCAGAUUGCCACCUUGUGUGCCUUCCCCUGUGACUGUUUGCAUGUCCUCUGUCAAAGAUGCAGAGCAGACUUCCAGGUAGUUUAAAUCCUCUCCACUCAAAAGUGCCACACAAAUGGAAGAAGGAACACAAUGAUAAGACUUAGGUGCUGGUCCACCAACCAGACCCUUGGAAUACAACGUUAAAGUCAUUGCCAAGUACGCAUUUUAAAUGGUCCUAUUUGGAUAGACAUCCAUUUGCUAUCCUCAUUCGUGUGAAGUCAGGAUGCCAGAAAUUCCAUUGCUUGUUUUCAUGAAAUUUAAUUGCUUUUUGUUAAUAAACCCAUGACCUCUCUUAAAUUAUUCUUUGGCAACAGCCCUCCUCCGUCACUGUUCAAACAGUUCAUCCAUUUCUUUCUCAAAGGAUCCACCACCCAAACCCAGAACCUCUGCGUCUCCAAGUCAAGCACGUGGAAUGGGUUUCAGAUCGAGCCUGCACCCCACUUGACAACUGCACUCCUGCCUGCCUUUGUCCUAUGUUGAGAAGCAGGAGGUAGGGUGAGGUGGCAUCAUAUGAAAUAGGACCUGCUCUCCAGUCAACACCGUCAGCAACUUAGAGGUGCACCCAAGGCUGUGUGCCACGGGGGCAAAGGAAUUGUUUGGCUGGGGAUAGUAUCUAGUGAUGCUCACAAGGUUUAGAACCGUGAAAGGGGUUGAAGGUAGCAUUUCCCUGCUGUAUGAUUUGUGACCCUGUCUAAAGCUUCAGAAUUUGAGAGUCACAAAGGAUUGUGCCUAACCCCUGGCACUGGGAUCUUCCAAGUGAGCUGGUUUAAUUCUCCCGCAAUGAGAGGAGAGAUCCAAAAUGGCUCCCAGAACCAGAGAAGGGGCAUCCCAUUCCAAAUACCUUUAUCACCACCACCUGACCACAGCACCUAACCCCGUCUUCCCAACAUGAGACAAAGCCGACUUUCACACCGAUUGCCCAGCAUGCACUUGUCUUUCCCAGUUUCUCCCUUUUCCCCAGUCUUCUCUUCACGCAUUCUGCUUCCCCUGGUUGUAGGGACCUAUGACCCAGGUUCCUGGGGAAACAGCUCAGCAGAGUUUUAGAGACGAAGCAAAAAGCCUCACUAGGAAAUUGAUCUGUUUUUGAACAUUGCUUCCUUCCUGCCUCUGCAAAAUUGAAUGCUCGUUGUUGUUGUUUUUUUAAUUCUGAUGUUCAAAUCACUGCGUGCUGUAUGACUCUAAAAAGCCUUAAUUUACUACCACCAAGAAAUAAAGCAAUACGUUGGUAA